AAGUCUUGUUGACUUUGCUGUGAUGCCUAUGCAUGCUCGGUGCAGAUGCAUGAAACUAUGUUCGGGUCCUGAUAUACAUCCUUCUCUUCGUUGCACCUGCUUUGCCCCAGGGCUACUACCAGCCCGUACAAACAGGUGCAGUAUUUGACAAGGGACGAUGCGGCCCUGGGCAACUACGACACGUCACCGGCAGAUGCGUUACUCCACGCGUCAGUCGUCGUGUGUAUUUGUUUGAAGUUCCAGCAUUGCCGCCCCGCUCCCACCUUCCUCCGCCUCAUAUUCCAGAGCCAACCGUAGAAGUUACCGACAUGCUCAUAAAGAUCCCAGAAGGAGGACAAACACCACCUCCUAUCAUCGUACCCCCUCCGAAACAGCGAGAUGUCCUGUACGUUCUUAACAAGCAGACCCAACAGGACCAACAGGUGAUCGAAGUCCCAGCCCCUCCCUCUUUCAACCACGAGGUUUACUUCGUUGACUACGCUGACGGCGACAACCCAACUUUGCCGAGUGGAUUUGAUCUGGCGGAAGCACUGAGAGCCGCAUCACUACAACAUGCCUCUCUGCUUACUGACGGCGUUUCAUCCCCUCAUCGCAACAGCCAGGGUGGAAGCAGUGGCUUACUCACCGAGGGAACUUUCUCUAACAUUUUCCCUGGCAAGUUCAGUCUCGACUUUGAUGACACAGAUUUUCCUGUUAACGAAAUUCCAAGUAUAUCUAGCCUCGCUGACUUGGAUUUGAGUCUUACGGCCGUUUUGAAUGGUCACGAUGAUAUUGGAUUCAAUCCCGACCAAUUGCUUACCGAUGGCGGGAGUCCUGGGAAUAAUGGGAUAUACGACACCACCUUUGAUAUUGAAUUUGAUUUUGAAAAUAAUGAAUUCGCUAUUCAUGGCCCAUCGGAAAUAGCAAGGCCACCAGCGCCCAUUCCUAUACGCCCACCGGCAAGCAUCGAAUACCCUGAGUAAUAGUUAUACAAAGUGUUUGAUAUCCAAGUUUUCGGUACCAAAUGCUCAAAUCUUUCUUGUUUCUACAUCUGCUCAAAUCCGCACUCACGUCCUUACACCAGGUCUCAUGCCAAUACAAGUUCUUACACUCUGAGUUCUAGUCAGCCCCGCCCUCAUUGGCUCAGUCCCAAACACUCGAAAGUUAUUGCAUAUGCCAUGCUUGCCACAUUGACUUUCCCAAGAACAAGACGUUAUUGUAAUUUUUGUUAUCAGUCUUUGUGUAGUCGCUUUAUCUGUUAACAGUGUGCUGCAGGCAACACCACUGAACGUGAAUUGUACCUAAUUGUCUGUAUCCUUACUAUACUGUAGUAAUACGUAAAAUGGUGACGUGUAUAUCAUAAGUUCUAGAUAGUAUGAAUGGAUUCGUUUUAA